AUGGACUGGGGUAGCCGGGUCUUGGAGAUCACAUCAUCUUUUGCAUGGGCGACGAAGCAAGUAGAUCAGCAGGGCAUGCAGCGCUUUGGGCUUCCUAUCAAGCAACCAGCGAGCACGGUGGAUACUGCUUUGGGGUAUACUUGCAGCGACGUUGCCUACUAG